GGUCAGCAAUGCUUCUUGACUGAAAUGUCUGCUUUUCAAAUCCUUUUGUAGAUAUUAUAUAAUUUGUAUUUCUCUUCACCCAGAAUUCCAUCUUACUAAAUAUAAAGGUAUUUUCUGUUUUUUAACGAUACAUCUACUAUUAUUUUGUAUAACUAUUAAACAGCGGUUCGAACUGCGCUAUACGCCCUUUUGUCUACCAGCGGGAAAUGCAAGAGUAGAGGAGUUUCCUAACGCCAAGAGGAAUUGAAACGUAGGAUUCAUGUCGAGUUCAAAACGCAAGCUUUACCGUUUAAUUCAAAAUGCUACGGAGCCAUUCACAUUUGAGCCGGACUUGGCUCUAAACUUGGACAUUACUGACUUGAUCAAUCAAGCUCAGGGAAACAUUCCUCGUGAAGCUGCUUUCGCAAUCGUCAGGAAAGUCAAUGAUCGGAAUCCAACGGUAGCUUAUCUAGCCUUGAAUCUUCUCGAUAUUUGCGUGAAAAACUGUGGUUAUGCGUUUCAUUUGCAAAUCGCUACAAAAGAGUUCCUCAACGAAUUCGUUCGUCGUUUUCCUGAAAGACCUCCCUCUCGUUUAAAUAAGAUUCAGGUUAUGAUUCUCUCGCUCAUUGAAGAAUGGCGACGAACCAUUUGCCGUACCGACCGUUACCAUGAAGACUUAGGCUUCAUCCGAGACAUGCACAGACUCUUGUCUUAUAAAGGCUAUACAUUCCCUGAAAUUGCUAAAGAUAACCUUGCUGUGUUAAGUCAAAAAUCAGUGUUGAAAACUGCUGAAGAACUUGAAAAGGAAGACCGUGAUGCUAUGUCUGCGAAACUUCAGGAACAUAUACGUCGUGGUACUCCUCAUGAUCUUAUGGAAGCCAACAAGCUUAUGAAAGUAAUGGCCGGCUAUGACUCUGAACAUAAACGCCGAUACAAGGAACACGUCUUGGUCGAGCUUGAAAAGGUAAAGAGAAAGGCCUCUCUUUUUGGUGAAAUGCUUAAUGAAAUAAAGGAAUCGGAUAAGCUCACUCCUGGUGACCUGUACGAAGAACUUGCUUAUUCCCUUAAAGCUGCGGUCAUUAAAGUAGACAAGAUUUUAGAAGAAUUAGACUCUUCAGACGAAUAUUACAAUAGCGUUAUAGACCUUAAGUCUUUAAUUCUCGCUUUACUCUGCCAGUACGACCAUCUUUUGAAAGGUGACUUUCACUCCGCUCAGAAUACCUCAUCGAAUGCUCAUUCUCUCUUUCAAUCAACGUCUAACCUUUCCAAGGAUGCAAACGAAAACUUAACCGUUGACCCUGCUUCCACUCCUACUCCUGCAUCUCAAUCUGCCAUGGACUUGCUGAUAGACUUAGAUAUUGGUUCAUCUAUGCAACCCAGCACUUCAAAUGCUCAGAUAUCGUCCAUCCAAAAUAGCAGUCCUCUUCAAUUGCCUACUGGUCCACCCAAGUCUCUCGAUAGAACUGAAACACCUCCAGCUGUGGGUGCAAUUUCUCUGUCUGAAAACUUUUCGAACAUGUCUUUAUCAUCUCAACAAACGGAUCCUGUCGGCAACAACAUUUUGCCAACUACCGUCUUUUCUAAUGAGCAUGUGGUGUUCCAAUUGGCACCAAAAAAAAUUACGGAUGGAAAAUAUGUUUUACUUGCUACUUAUUCCAAUUCUAACUCCUCUAAGAAUAUUGAAAACUUACAAUCUUUUAUUGCUUUACCCAAAAAAUAUUCUUUGGAAUUAAAACCUCAAUCUGGCACUCGUUUGUCUCCGUUGCAGCAAAAGGGUAUUCACCAGGAAAUGUUUGUUUCGAACGUAUCUACGGAUACUACAGAAUUACCAAUGCGAUUUAAGUUUACAUACUAUGUGAACAACGUGCAAGAAGAACAUACAGGACAAUCGACGGUUAAACUGAAUUAGAUCAAUUACCAUAGAUUUGAUAUGUGCCCUUAUGGCUUAAUGAAGAUCCCUGUUAUACAUUUAUUUCAUUUCACUUCCGGCCAUAUCUAUUAGCACUUUUUAUAAGAUAAACCAUCAAAUAACUACUAAUGAACCCUUUUACUCCCAUUGAAC